GGUUGGCUGUGGAGGAGGCGGGCAGUGGCGCAAUGUCCUCCACUGGAGCACUGUUUGAUGCGCUGUAAGAUUCUUUUGCUCCAUUGCAAGAUUCUUUUGCUCCAUUGCUUGCUUCUUUAUCUUUUCCCCGGAUUAGUGCUUGAAAUUGUUGCUUCGGCCCAGCUUUGUGAUGCUUUGACCCUUUCAUUUUCUUCACCAAGUUCUUGUUUGGAGGUUAUGGUGUAGUCUAGAUUAGCUUAUGUUGAUGUGAGUGCCCUGGAGAUAGGAUGGCUCCUGGAUUUGUGCUCCACUGAAACUUGUGGUGCAGAUGUUUAAUCCAAAAUUCUAGACAACCUCGCCAUGAUUCUGUGGUGAGCUCGAGUGCCAUUUGGAAAUAUCAGGAGCUGCGGAGUAAGCUGGCUUAUAUAUCUCGCAAGCCCUCUAUUCUCGGGUCGAUUUUCGGGGAAGAGCUUCUUCGCAUUUCUCGACGCUUGGCGAGAUGAGCUUCGUGGCCGUUCCACGGCCUUCCUCGGUGAGCUUUACAGGCCAGGCUCUGGACUGCGUACUGUGCCACAAGGGAGUGUCCUCUUUAUCCAUCCAGGCAGACAAAUCCAGGAGCUCACUUCACAAGAGACUUGCGGUGGAGACGAAUGUUGUCACUCGAAACGAUGCGGGCGUUGUCUCUACAGCCAAACCGGAGGAGAAGUUUCCGGUGGAGGAAAAGGAGGAGAAUUUUCCUCAAAGCCAACAGCAGGUUCCGACACUUCUCAUAGCAGGAGGUGGAAUUGGAGGCCUGGUCCUCGCCUUGGCGUCUAAAAACCAAGGCCUGGAUGUGAAAGUUUUCGAGAGAGACCUCAGUGCCAUCCGAGGUGAAGGUCAAUACAGAGGGCCCAUUCAAAUCCAAAGCAACGCUCUGGCCGCGCUCGAGGCUGUCGAUUCUGCUGUCGCGGACGAGAUAAUGGAGAAUGGCUGUAUUACUGGAGACAGAGUUAAUGGGCUUGUCGAUGGACUUACAGGAACUUGGUAUUCCAAGUUUGAUACUUUUACGCCGGCCGCGGAGAACGGUCUGCCCGUUACUCGUGUCAUCAGUAGAAUGAAGCUUCAAGAAAUCUUAGCUCGAGCUGUCGGUCCCGAGCUGAUUGAGAACAAUGCAAACGUUGUGGAGUUCAAAGACGACGGAUCAAAGGUGACAGUGAAGUUGGAAGACGGGCGAUACUACGAAGGAGACGUUUUGAUAGGUGCAGAUGGAAUAAGAUCAAAGGUUCGCGAACAGCUUCUCGGCUUUCAGGAGCCAACGUACUCUGGAUACACUUGCUACACAGGAAUUGCGGAUUUUAUUCCUCCAGACAUCGACACCGUCGGAUACCGCGUUUUUCUAGGACACAGGCAAUACUUUGUUUCGUCGGACGUGGGAUAUGGAAAAAUGCAAUGGUAUGGAUUUUUUAAGGAGCCAGCGGGUGGCACUGACCCUCCCGGAAAACGGAAGGAAAGGCUGCUCAAACUUUUCGGCGACUGGUGCGACGGAGUUGUGGACCUGCUGCUCGCUACUCCGGAGGAGCAAAUUUUGCGCCGGGAUAUUUAUGAUCGCGUUCCCAUACUCAACUGGAGCAAAGGCCGUGUUACUUUACUUGGAGACGCCGCCCAUGCCAUGCAACCAAACAUGGGCCAAGGAGGUUGCAUGGCGAUUGAGGAUGGAUACCAACUUGCGUUGGAGAUAAUCAAGGCAUUCAAGGAGAGUGCCAACGAGAAUAAAUUCGUCGACUUUUCACGAGUUCUGCAAAGUUAUGAGAGCCAAAGGAGGCUGCGAGUGGGUGCCAUACAUGGGAUGGCACGAAUGGCUGCAGUAAUGGCUACUACAUACAAGCCAUAUCUUGGCGUAGGACUCGGGCCUUUAUCGUUCAUAAAGAAACUUAGGAUUCCACAUCCAGGCAGGGUUUUCGGAAGAUUUUUUGUCAAUAUAGCAAUGCCGAUGAUGCUUAGCUGGGUGCUUGGCGGCAACAGUGCUGCUUUGGAAGGCCGAACGCCCUCAUGUAGAUUAACUGACAAGGCUAGCGAUAAACUCCCGGAAUGGCUCAGGAAUGACGAUGCUCUAGAGCGUGCUACUUCAGCAGAGUGGUACCUCGUACCUGAUGGUGAGCAAAUGCCAUUUCAAGGAGACAUAACGGCAUCGGGGAAGAAGCUCUUCAGACUUGAGCAGGGACUUUCGAACAUCAUUGGCAGGAGAAUGCCAGCCAACAAGGAAGGAAAUGUUUUCGUGAUAGAUAGCUCUCAGGUUGCGGAUAAGCACGCCGAGAUAACGUUCGUAAAUGGGGCGGUUUUCCUCACGGACUUUGGCAGCGGUAAAGGCACCUGGAUCACAAACGUUAAUGGUGGUCGUUACAAAGCUCCACAUCACGUCCCCGUUCGGCUUCACGCAGGAGAAUUACUGGAAUUUGGAGAAGGCAAAGAGGCGGCCUUUGGAAUCAAGCAGAGAAAAGAGUCCAUGCCAAGCGUUGCCAGAUCGAAAACACCACCAGGGAUGGCUCUUGCGGUGACCUGAUGAAAGAUGUGAAAAACGCAACGUAAAGAGCGUUUUCUUUCGUUUCUUCAUCAUUUUUAAUCUGUGAGCCAGGGAAAAGCUCUAUAGCAAACUUGUCGUGGAUGGGAACAGCCGUAUCAAAUAUCUCGAGCAGUACUGGGUACAUUUGCGCUGCUAUUUGAUGACUUUGGUUCGCCUUUUUGGUACUCUAGCUAUUCUUCUCGCAGGCAUUGAAAGAGACAACGGCGAGAACCCGAGAAGAAGAGAAGAAAAAUGGAGCAGUGCAUGGACAGCGCGAGAUAAUCGCUGGACGUGAAAGGCGCCGAGCUUCCGUCUUACUAAAAUACUUCGUACAAUCGGAAAGCAAAGGUGGCGGACGUUGUUGACUUUGAAUGCCAGUCUUGUUUAAGUCUUUCCAGCUAAAAAAAAUUCCAAGGUUUGAUCU